AUGACCACGCUUCCAGAAUGGCCUCGUUCUUCCUUCUUCCUUCGCCCCAAACGUCCCCCCGUUGACCGGACCAGAAAUGGCCGAAGGAAUGGAGGUUGCCGAUUCAUUUCACCUUCCUCCUGCUGCCAGCGCAUCAUCAUCGCCGCGCAUCUCAAGUCCAUCGCGCUCACGUUUUCCUUCAUUGACCUCGCCGCGGAUCAGCACCUCGACCAUGCCUACCAGCAGACGCUGAACCCCAGCCGCAGCGUGCCCACCCUCGUCGUCACCCGCCAGGACGGCACCAAGACAAUCAUCCGGCAGUCCGUGUCCAUCCUUGAAUACCUGGAGGAGCGCUUCCCCGCGCCGACUCCGCUGCUGCCCCCGCGCGACAUGCCCGAGGCGCGGGCGCUCGUCCGCGACUUUGUCAACAUCAUCACCACCGACGUCGCGCCGCCGACCAACGCGCGCAUCACGGAGCGAGUCAGGGCCGUUCGCGGCGAGCGCGAUGACCAGCACGCGUUUGCCGAGGCAUGCUUCGCCGACGGGUUUCGCGCGUACGAGGCGCUGCUCACCGAGACGUGGGGGGAGGCCGCGUCGGGCGCCUUUACGGUCGGCGAGGCGGUGACAAUGGCCGACGUCUGUCUGGUGCCGACUAUUGACCAAGCUUUCAUGUAUAAGAUGGACUUGUCGUUUGUGCCUCAAGUCCAGAAGCUGUAUGAAACCCUCAAGGCGAUGCCGGCCUUUCAGGCGGCAGACUGGAGGAAGCAGCCGGACACACCGGACAAGUUUCGUGCGUAG